GCUUUAUCAUCGUGCGGACGUAUUACGUCACGUGCAGCAGUCUGUGCGCGCACGCUCUCCGCCUGUCCCAGAUUAAACAUGGCGCUGGCUAGUGUAGUGCGGUCCGAGGGUCUCCUGUGGAACCAGCCGCGGGACAAUCCGUGUCAGUAUGCCCGCCAUGACGGAGAGAUGAGCUUCCACAUGGCCCCCGGAGCCACCCAGGAGGUCGCUGACCCCGGGAUCGAGUUUCUUCACGGGACAACAACGCUGGCUUUCAAGGUGCACACUCAUGGUGACAGUAAUGCUCAUUGUUAUAUAUAAUGGCUGCUGCAUGCCGCCCGGCCGGCCCUGGAUUAACAUGGUAACAUGCAAUGUGUGUAUUGUAGGGAGUGCUCAUCUCAAUGCGGGUUACAUGGACAGUAUGGACAGUGUGCAUCCAGAGACAGGCAGAGAGUCUGUGUCUCUUUCUCUCUUUCUCUCUCUCUCUCUCUCUCUCUCUCUCUGUAGCAGAGCUACAUAUAUAUAUAUAUAUAUAUAUAUAUAUACAGUAUGUGUACAAUGUAUGAGAGGUACUGCCAGCACUGCCUUACAUUGUUAUAUUCACUGCUGUUACAAUGAGAAAUCAUUCAGCUACUCAUAAAGUUUUUUUUUUUUUUUUUUUUUUUUAUAAAUUUAUUUUCAAUCUGUUUCAAUACAUUGGCUUUUAAUAUAUUAAAUUUCAGGCAUUUAAUAUUCGUAGUGAGUCUCAUGGGUUUAAGAAUAUUGAGCAAAACUCAUUGCUCUCAGUCAAUGAUUUGGCCCCCAAUGGUUUGGUUCAGGAGAGCCAACUGAAGCUCCAGACAGGAUCUCUUUCCUUGGUUCCUAUUUUUAUUAACAAGUGCAUGUUUUUCCAAUUUGGUGUACAUAAACACCAGAUUUUGCCUGGACGGACAUAAUCCAGUGAAAAUUACUGAAUUAUUAUUUAUAUAGCGCCAGCAAAUUCUGUAGCACUGUAAAAUGGAUUCAGAUCGCAAUGGCAAUUCUUAUAUUCGUAAAAAGCCAUCUGAAUUUAUUUGACCUGAGCAAAUCUGCAGCAAUUCAAUUCAAAUGCGAAAGCACAUAUUUUAAAGGACCACUAUAGUGCCAGGAAAACAUACUCGUUUUCCUGGCACUAUAGUGCCCUGAGGGUGCCCCCACCCUCAGGGACACCCUCCCGCCCGGCUCUGGAAAGGGGUUAAAACUUACCCUUUUCCAGCGCUGGACGGGGAGCUCUCCUCCUCCGAUUCUCCUUCUCUCCUCCCCGUCGGCUGAAUGCGCACGCGCGGCAAGAGCUGCACGCGCAUUCAGCCGGUCGCAUAGGAAAGCAUUUACAAUGCUUUCCUAUGGACGCUGGCGUGCUCUCACUGUGAAAAUCACAGUGAGAAGCACGCAAGCGCUUCUAGCGGCUGUCAAUGAGACAGCCGCAAGAGGGAAUGGGGGAAGGCUUAACCCAUUCAUAAACGUUUAUAAAAAAAAAAAAAAAUGGGUUAACCAUUAAGCUGAAGUGGUCUGGGUGCCUAGAGUGGUCCUUUAAGAAAAGGAUGGGAUAGGAAGAAUCACAAAACAUAAGUUUUAAUAAAAUGUGUGAUGAAUGCAUCGAGAAGGAAGCACAUUUUCGAACUAAUGUUUACUUUCAUGCAAGAAAAUGAUAAUGUGAAUUACUAGAUGUCCUAAAAUGAAUAUUCAGGAUGUGAACAUAGUGUCCCCCGUCCAAACCAUGGGCGACUUUUGGUGGCUCAUUCAACAAGUGGAGUGGGCAUGCUAUUGUCCGUCCCCCAACAAAAUAAUGGCAUUUCUACUUACCUGGGUGGCUAUGGGUCCCCAAAUCCAUAGCCACCCGAUAAAAGAAAUGAAUGUCCCUACUUGCCAACCCUCACCCUAAUAAUAGUGAGUUGUAGACGCAACUGAAAUAAAGACGGAAAAUUUCCAAAAACGUAGCACAAUAAAAUAAAUCACUGUCUGCACCCUGCAAGGACUUAAUUCCAACUGAUCUCUGAUAGCUGAAAAACCCCUUAUAAAGGAUUUCCCACACUGUCCGCUAUUACAUUGGUUUGGGAGAUUUUCCUACACUAUGUAAUAUCAGUAAGAGCCCUUUGAUUGGUUGCUUGUAAAUCAACCAAUCAGAGCACUCUGACAGCCAAGUCUCGAAGUGAGUUCAGUGGCUUAUAAGUCCACUAAUCAGAGCGCUAUUAUUGAUAUUACAUAGUGAUGUCAUAGCUGAUAUCUAGUUAUAGUUAAUAAGAGACAUGCAACCAUCAAGUUCAGCCUUUCUCACAUCUGUUUUUGCUGUUGAUCCAAAAGAAGGCGAAAUAACCCAUUUUGGCCGCAGAAUGGCAGUUUGAUAUUUCCUUGGAUCAAGAAGCUAUUGCCCCACUAAUUAAACAUUAUAUCCCUGAAUAUUAUGUUUUUUGCAAGUAUGUAUCCAAUUGCUGUCUAUACAUCAGUAGCCUUAUAUUUUUUUUUUUUUUUUUUUAAACACCUUCAGGCAGACAAUUCUACAUCCUUAUUGUUCUUACUGUAAAAAAAACAAAACCUUUCCUUUGCCUUGGAUUAAACCUCCUAAAUAUGUGACCAUGUGUAUAGUACUGCUUAUGAAUAGAUUUCCAGACAAUAGAUUGGAUUGACCGCAAAUAUAUUUGUAGAAUGCUAUCAAAUCUCCUCUGAGCUGCCGGUUUUCAAAAACUAAAGAGAUUUAAAUUUAUUAACCUUUCUUCAUAACUAAAUUGCUUCAUUCCUUUUAUUACUUUUGUUGUUCACCUCUGCACUUUUUCUGGCGCCAUAAUAGUCUUCUUUAGAACAGGUUCCCAAAAUUGUAUUUUAAUUAUUUUAAUUCUGUGUAUUAAUGCACCUAUUUAUACAUAACAAUACCUUACUGGCCUUGGCAACUGCCUAGUUUGUGUAUAACAAUUCCCACAUCCUUCUCGUGUUUUAUCCUUAAGUCACUUACCAUAUAAGUUGCUGGUACAUUCUUUACCCCAAAAUGCACAACCUAGCAUUUUUCUACAUUAAAGUAACACUAUAAGGUAAGGAACACACUCAUGUAUUAAAGCUACCAUCUGCUCCCCUAACUGUAUUAAAAUCUUGCCUUAUUUCCAGUCUGCUGCCGAUUUCUGCCCAUGGGUCUGUCUGCUUGGCUGACAACUUCAGAAGUGCUUCUCUUAGACAAUCACAAUGCUUUCCCAUAAGAAAGCAUUGGAUUUACUGAGCUCCUCAAAGAGGCAGAGCCAGCACAAGCCUGGCCAAUCAGCAUCUCAUCAUAGAGAUGCAUUCUAUCAGUGAGGAAUGCUCAGUGUCUCCAUGAAGAGGAUGGAGACACUGAAUGUCAGUACUGUGCAGUACUGCCCUAGGAAGAACCUGAAGUGGCCAGUGGAAGUAUUCCUAGACUGUAAUGUAAACACUGCAUUUUCUCUGAAAAGACAAAGACAGUGUUUACUGCAAAAAGCCUGAAGGGAAUGAUUAAAUUCACCAGAACAAAUACAAUAAGCUAUAGUUCUGGUGACUAUAGUGUUCCUUUCAAAUUUCAUCAACUUUUUGAGUCCCUAGUGCCCCAAUCUGUCUAAAUCCUGCUGAAGAAAAGCGAUAUCAUGCUCACAUUGUAUAUAAGCCGACCCGAAUAUAAGCCGAGGCCCCUGUGUGUGUAUAGAAUGAAUGCAGUGUGUGUGUAUAGAAUGAAUGCAGAGUGUGUGUUUGUGUGUGUGUGUGUAUAGAAUGAAUGCAGAGUGUGUGUGUAUAGAAUGAAUGCAGAGUGUGUGUGUAUAGAAUGAAUGCAGAGUGUGUGUGUAUAGAAUGAAUGCAGAGUGUGUGUGUAUAGAAUGAAUGCAGAGUGUGUGUUUGUGUGUGUGUGUGUAUAGAAUGAAUGCAGAGUGUGUGUGUAUAGCAUGAAUGCAGAGUGUGUGUUUGUGUGUGUAUAGAAUGAAUGCAGUGUGUGUAUAGAAUGAAUGCAGUGUGUGUAUAGAAUGAAUGCAGAUAUGAAUGCAGAGUGUGUAUAGAAUGAAUGCAGAGUGUGUAUAGAAUGAAUGCAGAGUGUGUAUAGAAUGAAUGCAGAGUGUGUAUAGAAUGAAUGCAGAGUGUGUGUGUGUAGAAUGAAUGCAGAGUGUGUGUGUGUAGAAUGAAUGCAGAGUGUGUGUGUGUAGAAUGAAUGCAGAGUGUGUGUGUGAGAAUGAAUGCAGAGUGUGUGUGUGUAGAAUGAAUGCAGAGUGUGUGUGUGUAGAAUGAAUGCAGAGUGUGUGUGUGUAGAAUGAAUGCAGAGUGUGUGUGUGUAGAAUGAAUGCAGAGUGUGUGUGUGUAGAAUGAAUGCAGAGUGUGUGUGUGUAGAAUGAAUGCAGAGUGUGUGUGUGUAGAAUGAAUGCAGAGUGUGUGUGUGUAGAAUGAAUGCAGAGUGUGUGUGUGUAGAAUGAAUGCAGAGUGUGUGUGUGUAGAAUGAAUGCAGAGUGUGUGUGUGUAGAAUGAAUGCAGAGUGUGUGUGUGUAGAAUGAAUGCAGAGUGUGUGUGUGUAGAAUGAAUGCAGAGUGUGUGUGUGUAGAAUGAAUGCAGAGUGUGUGUGUGUAGAAUGAAUGCAGAGUGUGUGUGUGUAGAAUGAAUGCAGAGUGUGUGUGAAUGAAUGCAGAGUGUGUGUGUGUAGAAUGAAUGCAGAGUGUGUGUGUGUAGAAUGAAUGCAGAGUGUGUGUGUGUAGAAUGAAUGCAGAGUGUGUGUGUGUGUAUAGAAUGAAUGCAGAGUGUGUGUGUGUGUGACGCAGAGUGUGUGUGUGUAUAAUGAAUGCAGAGUGUGUGUGUGUGUAUAGAAUGAAUGCAGAGUGUGUGUGUGUGUGACGCAGAGUGUGUAAACUGGGUGAGGGGAGGGCAUUUUUAUUUUAAUUUUUCAAUUUUAAUAUAUUUUAAUAUUACUUUAUUAUAUUUUAAUAACAUUAUUUUAAUAUUUGCAUUUUUUUUUUGUCCCCCCUCCCUGCUUGUUGCCUGGCCAGGUAGGGGUGACAAAAAAAAUUUUUAAAAAAAAAAUUAUGCAAAUAUUAAAAUAAUAUAUUAAAAUAAUAUUAUUAUAUUAUUUUAAUAUUUGCAUUAUUUUUUUUUAAAUGUUUUGUUGUCACCCCUACCUGGCCAGGCAACAAGCAGGGAGGGGGGACAAAAAAACAUUUAAAAAAAAAAUAAUGCAAAUAUUAAAAUAAUAAUAUAAUAUUAUUAUUUUAAUAUUAUUUUAUUCAAAUAAAAUAUUAAAAUAAUAUUGAAUCCCUGGUGGUCCAGUGGCAUUGGCUGUUCAGUGGGGGGGCUGACAGAGAGCUGUUACUUACCUUCCUGCAGCUCCUGUCAGCUCCCUUCUCCUCCGUGCAGCUCCUCUGUCAGCUCCGUUUCACUGUAAGCAGAACGGAGCUGGCCGGGGAGCUGCACGGAGGAGAAGGGAGCUGCAGGAAGGUAAGUAAGAGCUCACUGUCAGCCCCCAACAGGACCGCCGGGCUUGUAAUGAGCCCGGCGGUCCUGGUCUGUAUUGUGGCAAUGUAAAUUGCAGAGUGGCAAUGUAAAUUGCCACAAUACAGACAUUGACUAGAGUAUAAGCCGAGUGGGGGUUUUUUCAGCACAAAAAAUGUGCCGAAAAACUCUGCUUAUACUCAAGUAUAUACGGUACUUUACUUUUUAAUGGGGCCUGGCUAUAGAAUUGGAAACUAUUGUCCACCACCUCCCAGAAUAGUGGCAUGUUCACCCCAGAUCUCCCCGCUCUCCCUUCCAUUGUGUUUGUGCCUAAGUUUGACUCUGUUAUCACAGCAGAAAGGCCUAUAGUGACUGUCUAGAUGUGUAUUUAACCCUGCAAUGUAAGCAUUGCUGUAUCUACUAAGCAGAAAUUCUGUACAUUGCAGGAUUAAAACGAAAGAACCACUGUUUGAUAAAGUGGUCUAGGUGCCUUUUAGUGGUCCUUAGUUGGUUUAAAUGCAUGUUUGUGCUUUAAUAUUAAGAUUGCAUUUUAUUGCAGAAUUAUUAAAUCUCAUCUGUGGAAUUUCUGGUCACUGAUCUUUGUUUUGCAGCUGGAAUCUGAUGUGGUGAACACACUUAAAGAUUAUCGUCUGGAGUGUCCCUUUAAGGGAUUUAAACCAGUUUAUACUUUGCAGCUCAUUCACAAACGCUGGCUAUACUUGUGUUUUAUUUUUCUGAUGGUACAAGUAUUCUUCUUAACAAAUGGAUCCCUGUGUUUUACUUUUAGUUCCGACAUGGAGUAAUUGUGGCUGUUGAUUCACGUGCCACAGCAGGUUCCUACAUUGCCUCACAGACAGUGAAGAAAGUGAUUGAAAUUAAUCCCUACCUGUUGGGCACAAUGGCUGGAGGGGCAGCUGAUUGCAGUUUCUGGGAGCGGCUCUUAGCUCGACAGUGUCGCAUCUAUGAGUUGAGGAAUAAGGAGCGCAUUUCUGUAGCGGCUGCAUCCAAGCUUCUGGCUAAUAUGGUGUACCAAUAUAAAGGAAUGGGAUUGUCUAUGGGAACCAUGAUCUCUGGCUGGGAUAAGAGAGGUCCUGGUGAGUGACAAUGUAUGACGUUCGAUUGCUAUGCUGCCCAAUGCCACUUAAUGUAAUGGUUAAUUCUGUAUGUCUUUCAACAGUAUGGAAUAUGGAAGAUUAUAUACAUGUUUUACAAAAUCACACCGCGAAUAUAAUACUUUAAAACCUAGUUAUUUAAAUUGUAACCAUUUUAGCAUUGUCUCUGUAUUUUUUUAAAACUUAUUUUUUUCAAGGAAAUAAUUAAAUUUUCCUAAUUUUACAUCAUGCUAAAAAUACACAUCUUGUGUAGGAGAUAAGCUGUAAUUAUUGGAGACUGUAUGUAGCGGUCUCUGUACCCUGCUUAUCAUAUAAUUUUUGUUAUGCAAUGAUACAAUCUCAUAUAGACAUAUGUCCAUAAAAUCCGAAACAAUCAGUCAGGAUAAUGUAGCAUUAACAUAGCUACAAAACAAAAGUAACUUGAUACGUAGCUGAGAUCACUGAGGACCCUUAUAUCUUAUGAAGGCACAUGUUAAAACAGAAAUUACAGUACUAUUAUAUAAAGGCCUAAGGAUGGGCCAAGGAGUUGUAUUUAGUAAGCGCUCAGCUGUAAGGGGUACCACAAAUCCGCACAUUCAAAGGGGUAUGUAUGCGAUACUCUGAAUCGGACAUCAAUGUUCCAGUCAUGUUCUCUGUUAAGGGUGGUGUAGAGUGGACAAACUCCGAAAGGCUUCUAGUCUGGGUGGGAGCGUUUGUAAGGCAACUUGAAAUGGCGGCUAUGCUUCUGCAACCUCUCACCGCUUUGUUUCUUUGUUCACUCCAGAAGGUGAGUAUCCAGCCCAGCUGUGGCUUGUUUGGCAACUGAGAACAGAACUGUGCACAAAUGUAGUCAAAGUGAAACAUAAGAAUGAUGAGUUGUUAAGGCUCUGACACAUAGCCAUCUUGCAGGAUACACAGGUUUAGAUAUAGCAGUGUGUCCUCCACCUGCUUUGAUAUUUGUGAGGCUCAUUAGGGCUUGUUCGUUCCAGGUGGGGACCAGAAUGACCCCUCAAUGUUACAGAGGGGAGGAGUCAGGGCACUAGGCAAAAGACAGAGCGGAUAGAGCACGGGAGUUAAGCCGCCAUCCCUACAUCCAAUAGUGGAGUAGGCCGCCCAAGUAAAAACAUCUUCAAAUCUGCAGCUGGUGAAAGAUGGAUGUCAAAAUGUUUCUCAGGGAUUCCCAAUUCAGGAACUGUAAGGUAGUUUAGUGCUUAGAAAGUCCGUUUUCAGAUUCUACUACACUGCUCAAAAAAAUAAAGGGAACACUUAAACAACACAAUGUAACUCCAAGUCAAUCACACUUCUGUGAAAUCAAACUGUUCACUUAGGAAGCAACACUGAGUGACAAUCAACUUCACAUGCUGUUGUGCAAAUGGGAUAGACAACAGGUGGAAAUUUUAGGCAAUUAGCAAGACACCCACAAUAAAGGUGUGGUUCUGCAGGUGGUGACCACAGACCACUUCUCAGUUCCUAUGCUUCCUGGCUGAUGUUUUGGUCACUUUUUAAUGCUAGUGGUAGCAUGAGACAGAGUCUACAACCCACACAAGUGGCUCAGGUAGUGCAGCUCAUCCAGGAUGGCACGUCAAUGCGAGCUGUGGCAAGAAGGUUUGCUGUGUCUGUCAGCGUAGAGCAUGGAGGCACUACCAGGAGACAGGCCAGUACAUCAGGAGACCGUAGGAGGGCAACAACCCAGCAGCAGGACCGCUACCUCUGCAUUUGUGCAAGGAGGAACAGGAGGAGCACUGCCAGAGCCCUGCAAAACGACCUCCAGCAGGCCAUGAAUGUGCAUGUGUCUGCUCAAACGGUCAGAACAGACUCUAUGAGGGCCCGACGUCCACAGGUGGGGGUGCUUACAGCCCAACACCGUGCAGGACUUUGGCAUUUGCCAGAGAACACCAAGACUGGCAAAUUCGCCACUGGCGUCUUGUGCUCUUCACAGAUGAACGCAGGUUCACACUAAGCACAUGUGACAGUCUGGAGACGCCUUGGAGAACGUUCUGCUGCCUGCAACACCCUCCAGUAUGACCGGUUUGGCAGUGGGUCAGUAAUGGUGUGGGGUGGCAUUUCUUUGGGGGGGCCGCACAGCCCUCCAUGUGCUCGUCAGAGGUAGCCUGACUGCCAUUAGGUAGCGAGAUGAGAUCCUCAGACCCCUUGUGAGACCAUAUGCUGGCGCCGUUGGCCCUCCUAAUGCAAGACAAUGCUAGACCUCAUGUGGCUGGAGUGUGUCAGCAGUUCCUGCAAGACGAAGGCAUUGAUGCUAUGGACUGGCCCGCCCGUUCCCCAGACCUGAAUCCAAUUGAGCACAUCUGGGACAUCAUGUCUCGCUCCAUCCACCAACGUCACGUUCCCCCACAGACUGUCCAGGAGUUGGCAGAUGCUUUAGUCCAGGUCUGGGAGGAGGUCCCUCAGACCAUCCGUCACCUCAUCAGGAGCAUGCACAGGCAUUGUAGGGAGGUUGUACAGGCACGUGGAGGCCACACACACUACUGAGCCUCAUUUCGACUUGUUUUAAGGACAUUACAUCAAAGUUGGAUCAGCCUGUAGUGUGUUUUUCCACUUUAAUUUUGAGUGUGACUCCAAAUCCAGACCUCCAUGGGUUGAUUUCCAUUUUUUUUUUUUUUGUGUGAUUUUGUUGUUAGCACAUUCAGCUAUGUAAAGAGCAAAGUAUUUCAGAAGAAUAUUUAAUGCAUUCAGAUCUAGGAUGUUAUUUUUGUGUUCCCUUUAUUUUAUUUUUUGAGUAGUGUACUUGAAAAAUGAGGAGCUGCUUCCACUCAGAAUGGUGGUCAUGCUCCCCCUCCCCCCAAAAUCUUAUAUUUUAAGUGAUAUCCUAGACAUAAUUCUUGUCCAUUAAGGGCAUCCAUCUUUAUAAAAAUUGUAUCCAAGUGCACAUUUAGAAAUCGUGAAGUCAUGUGCAGGUGUCUGGCAUCUUAGAAAAAGUUUGGUUCAAAUUAAGUGUAUUCUUGGCAGUUAAGUGUUGCUUGGGGCAAAAAGUUAAACUAAGAAAUGCAGUGAAAAGGAAUCGCAAGUAUAAUGUGUGUAUAUAUAUUAAUUCUUACUCUUCUUUUCACUCAGGUCUCUAUUAUGUGGACAGCGAAGGGAAUAGAGUUUCUGGGUCUGUAUUUUCAGUGGGUUCUGGAUCCAUGUAUGCUUAUGGAGUCUUGGACAGAGGAUAUAGCUAUGACCUAGAGCCAGAGGAGGCACAAGAAUUGGCUCGGCGUUCAAUCUACCAGGCUACAUACCGUGAUGCUUAUUCAGGCGGAGUGGUGAACCUGUAUCAUGUUGCAGAAGAUGGCUGGCGGCGUGUGUCACAAGAUGAUGUGGCAGAUCUGCACCAGAAAUACAAAGAAGAAAGCAACUGAGAAUGUAAAACACUAGGGGAGCUCAUGAUUGAUGUAAUGUUUAGGGCUGUUUGGGUCUGUGACUUGGGGCAGACGAGCACUACACCUACAGAAAAGUGAUGGGAUUACUAAAUGGGUGUGCAGACUCCAGUUCUCUGUAGCUGGGGAAAGAUAUGGCACAUAUGGACAAAGUUGUGAGGAAAGGGCAGUUCUCUUUGGGUUAGGAUUUUCAUAUUUUCUAAUAGUUGUGAUUCUAUGCGGAGUGAUUGUAUUCCAAUAAACAUCCUUUUCCAAGGAUCAGAUGCCUGUUUGCCUAAUUAUGUAUUUUGCACAAUUUAAUUUGUCUGCAUGUGUCAUGCUGACAGUCCAGGUGUUCUCAG